AAAUAAAAAAUGAAUUACUGCAGCCCAUGUCAGUUGUAACCCUGCUUACACGCUGUGUUUCUCGCCUCGACUAACAUCUGUCCAGAGUGUGGCGCUGCUGGGCCGGAGGGUUCUGGAGGUUGCGGAGGAGAAAGAAGCCAGUCAGACGCUGAUCUCAGACCUGACGCACACUAAAGCAGAGCUCCUGCAGAAGACCAGCGCUCUGGAGGAGCAGAUCUCCUCGCUCAACCUCCUCAUCCAGCAGAAGGAGGCGCAGGAGACGCAGCUCAGAGAACACGCGGAGCAGCUGAUGGUGGAGAAACAGCUUCUGGAGGAGGAGCUGCAGGAGGUCAGACAGCAGGAGGAGCACAUGUGUGGAGCCAACCGAGCGCUGACCAGACACCUGGAGGACACGCAGAGUGAGCUGAGCAGGGUAACUCGAGCUCAUCGAGAGCUGAAGGAGAGGAGGAGCCAAGAGCAGCUGCAGGAGGAGCGCUGUGUGCUGGAGGAGAAACUCUCUCGCUGUGAGUUUGAUCUGAAUGAAGCGGAGCUGAAAACUCAACAGCUGCAGAAGAGAAUUAAAGAGCUGGAGGAGAAUCGACACACACAUGACGACAGACACCACAAACUCAUGGAGGUGCGGGUGUGUGAGCUGGAGAGGAGUGUGAUGGAGGAGCGCAGCGGUUCAGACUCGCUCAUGAAGAGGCUGGAGCGAGGACGAGAGCAGAUGGAGCAGCUGAGAGCAGAACUGCUGCAGGAACGAGCUGCUCGACAGGAUCUGGAGUGUGACCGAAUCCGUCUGGAGCGGCAGAAUAAGGACCUGCGGAGCCGCGUGUCGCAGCUGGAGGGAUCUCAGCGCUCCGGGACCGACGCCACCAUCUCCAAACUCCAGCUCCAGGUCCACGAGCUGGAGGAGAGGCUGCUGGGAGAGGAGAAAGAGAACGGAGAACUGCAGCAGCAGAACCGGAGACUGGAGCGACACGUGAAGGAGCUGACCCUACACCUGGAGGAGGAGCGGCUGGAGCUGCAGGACCAGAGAGAUCAGCUGGCACUGCGUCUGAGAACACUGAAGCGUCAGCUGGACGAGGCCGAGGAGGAGAUGGAGAGGCUGGAGAAUAGCAAGAAGAAGGUGCAGAGAGACCUGGAGGAGCAGCAGGAGCAGAACGAGCAGCUGCACACUGAGCUCUGUGGACUCAGGCGCAACAACAGACCCACUAAACUACAGAUUACAGCUGAUGAUGAAGAUGAAGAUGAUGAAGAUGAAAAUGAGACUAAAGCAACACUAGAUGCAAAUUAACUGUUAAUUAAUCAUUCAAGUGUGUCUCCUGCCACAUUUCUUUUAAACUUAUCGUUUAACCAGGUUAAUUCAUGAAUUCACUCACAGUUCUCAUCAUUCUGUUUGAUCAGAAAUUACUGAACGAUAAAUAUGGUGAAUAUGUUUUAAUAAAGCAUAUUUUGAUUGAGAUAUCACACUACCUCUCUCUCCUAUCAGACGGUGCUUUACCAAGGCAGGGUCAAG